UCACUCUAUGCAAUAUUCUGGGCGACUGGUGGUUGCCCUCCUAUAUUCACUAGAUUGUUUCUUCUUUUCUCACAUUCUUUGUUUUUAAUGAUAAAUAACAAUACUCCAGAAUAAAGGAUUUGUUUUUGUGGUAUGAGACCGAAUUGCAAGUAAGAAUUGCAAGAAUUGCAAGAGCGGUCGUUUUUGGCCAGCUCCAAGAGAGAAGAAGCUCUUCGUGCUUCUUAUAUGUCAUGUCUUCUGCAUUGUGACAAGUCAAAUCUAGGGAGUGUUGCGUUUCCUAUUUUGGGAUACGAUGUGUGGAGAAAAACAUCAAUUGCAAUUGGAAUUCAAGCAGUUUUUGCGUAUAUGAGAGCUGUGAAGAAUACAAAAAUUCAAUUGAUUUAUUUUGUCACUAGAAAUAUCGAUCAUUACGAUGAAAUAGGAGACUUCCUUUGUUAUGUAAGGGAGUUCGAUUUGAAUCUAUACCUUGGAUACGAAAAAAAUCAUAUUCGACAAAAUAAAAGACUCACGUCAUUAUGUCACAAUCCCGGGGACAGAUAUGAUCUGGAGAGCUUUCAAGUUUUCUUAUGAACGCAAUCAAGUUAAGAAAACAAAGAAUGUACUUAAAGAAAUUCAUGUCAAAAUGGCAGAUCAAACAGGAGUAUGCGUGAAGAAUUUUCAAACAUACAGUGGCUUCAACUCCUCCGCGGAAAUGCCUCGGCAAUAUAUAGUUAAUGAAGCCGAGAACAGUAAACCAUUGGUGCCAAAAAAUUAUAUCGAUUUCCGAGUUAAUUUGGAUAAUUUGUGCGGUUCUAAUGAUGUUUUGAGAAAAUAAGAAACGAUCUAGAAAUAAAUUUUUAAAUUUCGC